AUGAAGAUCAUCAGCGUGUUGGCGAUGCUGGCUUCGCUGACAUUCGUCACGGCCAAGUCAACAUUCACACCGGUCAAACCUCCUUCGCAACCACUGGCUGUCCGCUCACCGUAUCUCAGUACCUGGCAGUCUGUCGGAAGUAGUGGUGGUAAUGGAGGCUAUCUCGCAGGUCAGUGGCCUAGCUUCUGGAAUGGUAGAACGCUCGGGUGGCAAGUUAUUCAGACAAGCUAUGAAUACACAGCUACCCAGAGCAUUUACACCCAAACUGUGGGUGAUAAAGUCAAAUUGACAAUUACUUUCCUUUCUCCUAUCACUCCAGAUGACUGGAAACGUCAAUCUCUGGUCUUUUCUUACUUGAAUGUUUCCGUCGAGUCCAUUGAUGGUAAGCUUCAUGACGUUCAAAUCUAUGUUGAUAUAAGUGCUGAAUGGGUCUCCGGUGACUCUAGUCAGUAUGCUCAAUGGGAUUACAACACAACCGAUAACAACGUCGCAUACCACCAAAUCUUCCGUCAGAAUCAAGAGGCUUGGAGUGAGAUUUCUGACCAGACUGAAUUUGGUAACUGGCAUUGGGCCACUAGUACGACAAAUGGUUAUACAUAUCGGAGCGGCGAAGAUACCCCCGUCUGGGGACAAUUCGUUAACCACGGAGCUUUGGUGAAUACUAAAGAUGCUAACUACCGCCCUAUCAAUAGCCAGUGGCCUGUUUUUGCCCACUCUCACGAUGUCGGCUCUGUCGGUACUACUCCUGUCUCCCGUCUGUUCUCCAUCAGCCUGUGCCACGAUAACCCUAUCCAGUACACUACAUCAUCUGGUGUUGUUGAGCAGACUGCGUACUACCGAAACUUUUUUGACAGCCAAAUUGAUGCUGUGAGUUUCUUUCACAACGACUUCCCUACCGCAUAUGAAAUGUCGACUACCCUAGACGCCAAACUUCAAGACGACUCUGUUAAUGCCAACGGCGAAAACUACGCUGUCUUGACGACUCUCGGUCUACGCCAGGCUUUCGGCGGCCUACAGUGGACCGGUACCGAGGAUGAACCACUUGUCUGGAUAAAGGAAAUUUCCUCGGACGGUAACAUGAACACAGUUGAUAUUCCCUACCCUGCUCAUCCGGCAUUCAUCUACACCAAUGCCACGAUUUUGAAAUUGUUGAUGGAGCCUUUGUUUCAAAACCAGGAAGCUGGACUUUAUCCUAACACCUACGCCAUGCAUGACAUUGGUUCUCACUACCCUAAUGCCACGGGAUACAGGAAAGGGAACAACGAAGCCAUGCCCGUUGAAGAAUCCGGUAACAUGAUCAUCAUGGCCUUGAUGUACUAUGCUCUUGUCUCCGACUCGUUGAUACCUGCCAACCAGGCUUCCACGGAUGAUUUCGAGGGCCCUUUAGCCAAUCAGACGAAUCUCGAAGUUCAGGGUAUUGUUGGCAUCCAGGCCAUGUCUAUUAUCGCAAAUGUGACCGGUAACACCGCCGAUGUAUCGAACUACAGCGACAUUGCUUCGGGCUAUGUCACUCAGUGGGUCGAACUGGCCAACGAUACCACCGCUGAACUCCCUCAUACUACCUUGGACUAUGAAAACUCAAGCACAUGGAGCCUUCUUUAUAACGCCUACGCAGACAAAACUCUCAAUCUCGGCAUCAUCCCGCAAUCCAUCUACGACCGACAAAGCGAAUUCUACCCUUCCGUUCUCGAAACAUUCGGUAUUCCUGUGGAUACACGCCACAAAUGGUCCAAGACCGACUGGCAGAUUUGGGCGGCUGCUACUGCAGGCAACAGCACUCGUCAGGAUAUGAUUGAUGCUGUCGCGACGUGGGUUGCUGCUACGUCCGAGUGGCUGCCUUUUGGUGACUUGUAUGAGACUCAAAGCGGAGAGUAUGUUUAUCAAUUUGCCAACCGGCCUGUUCAGGGUGGCAUGUUGGCUGUUCUCGUUGCUAAUAUGGGUCUUACUAUGUAA